AUGUUGAUGAUUAUGGAAAUCCAAAGUUAAGUGCACAUCUAAAUGAUUUUUUAUUAAAAAUACCACCAGCAGAAGAUUCUUUUAUUGGAGAUCACCAUAUUUUAUUUAAAUCUGAGGAUAAAAUUAAUUUACAACUAGAAAUUAUGGAAUUUGCAGCAGCUGAUAAAGAAAGUUUAGUUGAUUAUGAUGAAGAAGAAUUAGAAAAGUUAAUUAAUAUUUAUGGAAUAGCUAAAGAGCUUAAUUACCCAAUGCCAAUUAUUGAUGCCGAUCUAAACCUUUUGAGUUCAAAUGUGAAUAGUAUGAAUAUUACAGAUGCGAUACAAAGUCAUGACGUAUUUGUGUCUGGAUGGGCUCUAAAAUCAAACAAGAAUUACAAACGAGAACCAUGGAAACGAAUAUCAAAAGAUGUGAAACAUUUAUUGGAAAAUAUGUUUCAUACCGGAACUGCAAAUCCAAAUAACAAAUUUUCAGCUGAACAAAUGCAUGAAGAGCUUGUGCGUCGUGUUCAACUCGGAGAACUUGACGAAAAUGACAUACCCAAAACUUCUACCAUUCAGAAUUGGAUUACUGGUUUCUCACGGAAAUGGAAAGAAGUUAUGACAAUACGUGAAUUAGAAGCAAGAGAAAAUGCUAGAACGGCAUGA